CCUCACGGUUAUUCACUCCCGCUCGACCUCACCAUGGAAGAUAGCUUGCCAUCAGGGCGUCCUAUUGUGGACAGAGAGAAGACCGCGCCGUUCCUCAUACGAACGUUUAUCAAAGUUGGGACAUUCCACCGGCUGCAGCAGUUCGAAGACGCAGCUGCACCGACUGCAGAUGAGCAGCAAUUGUACACAUGGAAAGACGCGACUCUCCGCGAAGUCCUGACCACCCUCCGCUCAAUUGCGCCUGCCACUCCCGAAUACCGCCAUCCACUCGCCCGGUACACCUUCCGCGCGAUCUACGCGGACAGCGCCUCGCGGGGGCGCAUCGCCCAAAAGGACCUCGGCACCGUCUACUCGCGCGACAUCCUCGGCGAGCCGGGGACGCUGCAGGCCCCGGCGCCGCGCCUGCUCGCGGACACGGACGCCCCGCCAGGCGACGAGGAGCGCACGCUCGACGAGCUGCGCUUCGUGCCCGGCGACUACAUGUGCGUGAUGGUGCAGCUCCCGAAGAACGUCAGCCUCGGCCCCGGCGAGCUCGCGAUCAAGGGCAGCGGCGCCGCCGCGAGCGCGAGCGCAGGCGCGGGCACAGGGCCUGCGAACGGCUGGAAGAAGGACACGGGCAGGGGCGGCGACGCUGGAUGGGGCGGGUCGCUCGGCACUGGGCCGGCACCCGGACGGGCGGGCGGACACUGGCGUGGAGACUCGGGGGUACCUGCACCUGUGCCUCGGGUCCGCCGAGGCGAGGUGGAUGGGCAGACAGAGACAGGCGAGGGCGGUCGUCUUCUCGAUCGAGAAGUCCAGACAGGCGAAGAAGCUCUCGUUACGACUGAGCCCUCGGCAGCCCUGGCUCUGCGCCUCCGAGUCCUCCAACCCCUCCUUGUUGCAGGGACAACCCGCUGUCUUCAGUCGCCCACUCGUUCCCUCUAUAGCUCGAUGGGCUGCCUCCAGUCUAAGAACCAGGACCCCGCCACAGACGCGACACGCGCCAACGGGACAGAGAAGCGUUUGCAGCAGCUCAACCGCCCUGACGUCUAUAAAGAUUCUCGCCCGUCGUUUUACGCUGCGUACGCUCGUGCCGCUCGCCGCUACGGCUUCGAGACUGGGCAGUACGCAGGCUUUGCCAAGCGGAACAACGUUGUCGUCAAAGUCCGGGGUCUUGACGAUAAAGAGACCGAUCACGAGGUCCCCGCAGAGUCAAUUCAGAACGUGAAGAUUGGUACCCCAGGCGUCACGGCCGACCUCGACUUCGACACCGGCUCUUCCGACCUGUGGAUUUGGUCUUCGGAGCUCGCAGACGCCAGCAAGUACUCGAAGACGCACAACAUCUACGACCCUACCAAGUCCAGCACGGCGAAGCACGAGGCCGGCCUCACCUGGAACAUCUCGUACGGCGACGGCUCGUCCGCGUCGGGCGACGUCUACACGGACGUCGUCGAGGUCGCGGGCGUCAUCAUUCCCGGCCAGGCGGUUGAGUGCGCGAAGAAGCUCAGCAGCAGCUUCCUCGCGGACGGCGGGAACGACGGCCUGCUGGGCCUCGCGUGGCCGAGCAUCAACACCGUCUCGCCCCAGCCGGUCAAGACGCCGGUGGAGAACAUGAUUGAGCAGAAGCUGAUCGAGCAGCCGCUCUUCACUGCCAAGCUGGGACACGACACCGAGCCUGGGUUCUACUCUUUUGGCUACAUCGACCCGACUGUGACGCCCAACCCGAUAUCGUACACACCAGUGGACAACUCGCAGGGCUUCUGGCAAGUUCCCUCGGGAUCGUACACCCUGAACGGCAAGACGUACGAACGGUCCGGGAACACGACCAUCCUCGACACCGGCACCACGCUGCUCCUCGUCGACGACACCGUUCUCAAGUCUAUCUACGACUCGAUUGAAGGCGCGGUGUACGACGACCAGGCCGGCGGGUGGAAGUAUCCCUCGAGUGCGACGGUACCAGACGUGUCCUUUGCCGUCGGCGACAACCUCUACACGCUAAACGCGGCCGACUUUGGGUUCAGCCCUGCAGACGAGGGGUUCACGCUCGGCGGCAUCCAGAGUCGCGGCGACCUCACGUUCGACAUCUUUGGCGACGUGUUCCUGAAGAGUGUGUAUGCUGUCUUCAACCAGGGCGAGAAGACUGUGGGGCUUGCGCAGAGAAGUGAUUAAGCUGGGAUUUCGCGGACGUGGGGAUUUGUGGAUGUUGGUAUGCUGGACCUUGACGACAUUACAUUAUUGGUUUUGCUGUACCUAUACUUAUUCAUGGAUAUCGAUUAGCAGAUGUAAACUAAGCGUGAGCUGGCAUCCUAGAAGUUGACUGUUCUAUACAGACUUUUUUCUGGGCCUUGGUCUAGCUCACGGCCACGGCCUUCGCCAAUUUUAGAGUGAGUGGAGGACGGAGAAAAGGAAGAGGAAAUGCCCAAGUUCAAUUUGACAUACCAAGCGUCGUUAGUUUGGUGUUUCCGAGGCGGUCAUCGCGUAGUAGAACUGUGUAUAUCAUCUGGAUCGCAUAGUACUCACCAUACGGCUAGUGACUAGGUACUUAACGGCAUAGUGGAUUGCAGACGAAACGCU